AUGUCGGCCACCACAACAGACAACCCGAUCACAACCACAGUCCGCCAGGACUACCUCCAUGACUACAGCAUCCGACUCACUGGAGGCGUCGAGGAAGCGUACGCGAGGCCGUCCAGAGAUGCGCCUUUGCCAGCGGUUGAGAACCCUCCCGAUUGGUAUGACCAGCAUCGCCAAGUGCCUCCGUACAGACCCAUCAACCGAGAGCUGGAUGUUGCAGACCGACCUUGGGGAUCCAACAGGAUUGAGAACGGCUUCGUUUUUGUGAUGUUGAACGGAUGUUGGAUUCAAGGGGUUACCAACUGGCUUUGGAGAAGCACGGGGGGCAAGGUAAACCAGACAUAUUGGAGGGCCAAGGUUGGCGGCGAAAUCUGA